CUCAGCAUCUCCACUCUCACAAUGCGUGAAUCCACUGGUCUGAUACUCCACAGAGGCAGCAUCCACUAAGCCACUUGUGGGAAGGACUUGAGUCACAGAUCCUGCAAGAGUAGAGCAACAGUGAUUUGGACCAGAGCCACAGCAGGGAUGAAUCUGUCUGAUGAGUCCUCCUACCAAGCGGAGGCGCUGCUGGGUAACUUCACCAGGGCUAACUCCUACUUUCACCUGAACUACACCCUGCCCCUUCCAAUGCAACCAGACAAGACCAGCACUUUCAAACCUGCAGCAUGUGAGCAGGUCCACAUUGCUGUAGAGGUCUUUCUGAUCCUGGGUAUCAUUUCCCUGAUGGAGAACAUCCUGGUCAUCACAGCCAUAGUCAAGAACAAGAACCUCCACUCACCUAUGUAUUUCUUCGUCUGCAGUCUGGCAGUAGCAGACAUGCUGGUUAGUGUGUCCAACGCCUCGGAGACCAUCAUCAUUUACCUCCUCAACAACAGACAGCUGGUGGUGGAGGAUCACUUCAUCCGGCAAAUGGACAAUGUAUUUGACUCCAUGAUUUGCAUCUCUGUUGUGGCGUCAAUGUGUAGCCUGCUGGCCAUCGCUGUGGACAGGUAAUGAUGGAGGGAGGUUUGUAUGUAUACAAGC